AUGACAGCCUCCCACGACCCAGCAGCCCACGCCGACGUCCAUGCCGCCGCCAAUGGCCACGCCUCGCCCUUGCGCAGGGCCGACGAGUUGGACGACCUUCUCUUGGCUGUGCGUGACCUGAUUGUGCCAUUCGUAAGGGCGGCCGACGACGCUGCCGCUGACAGACAGACUGGUCGACUUCCUCUCAACGCCGCGGGCCGUCCUCACAACGUGCUUGUCCAGAGUGCCUGCACCGGGCCCGACAAGCUUGCCGCCAGUCUCAAUUUUUCCUUGCCCGCAGAUGGCCGUGGCAAACAAGGGUUGUUGGAAGCCAUUGCCAAUAUUCUCAGAUAUAGCGUCAAUACCUGGGAUCAGGGGUUCAUGGACAAACUAUAUGCCAGCAAUAAUCCCGUUGGCGUCAUCUCCGACGUGGUGCUCUCCGUACUCAACACAAAUCUCCACGUGUACCAGGUGUCACCGGCCCUGACCGUCAUCGAAAAGGCCACCGCGCGCGCCUUGGCCCAUAAGUUUGGCCUGACGGGCCCAAGAGCCGGCGGCGUCACCUGCCAAGGCGGCAGUUCGUCGAAUCUCACCUCGCUCGUCGUUGCCCUCCACACCUUGUACCCCGACCGCAAAACCCAGGGCAAUGGGCAGCACGACUUUGUCGUCUUCACCAGCGCGCAUGGACACUACUCGGUCGAGAAGAGUGCCAUGAUUUGCGGCAUCGGGUCUGCCAACGUCUGGAAGGUCCCCGUCGACAACGGAGGGAGCAUGCGCCCGGACGCCCUCCGCGAGCUGAUUGUCAGCGCCAAGAAGCAAGGCAAAACACCCCUCUACGUCAACACCACUGCCGGCUCCACCGUGAGAGGCUCCUUUGAUCCCUUUGUCGAGAUUUCCAGCGUCUGCAAGGAGUUUGGGCUUUGGAUGCACAUCGACGCCAGCUGGGGCGGGCCGGUCGUCUUCUCGGAAAGGCAAAAGUGGAAGGUGCAAGGAUCCCACCUUGCAGACACCAUCACCAUCAAUCCUCACAAGAUGAUGAAUGCCCCCACCACCUGCUCGUUCCUGUUGGGGCCCGACAUGAAGGUCUUCAACAAGGCCAACAGCACCGCGGCCGGGUACCUGUUCCACGAGUCCUCCGACGGCGACUUUUGGGAUCUGGCAGACCUCACCUUGCAGUGCGGCCGUCGCGGAGACAGCUUGAAGGUGGCCCUUGCUUGGCUGUACUACGGAGCCAACGGCUUCCAGAAGCAGAUAGACCACGCCUUUGACAUGGCACGGAUUCUGCACAAGCUGAUUGGGCAGACGGGCAACUUUGCCAUGGUGUCGCCGGACCCGCCGCCUUGCCUGCAGGUGUGCUUUUACCAUGCGCCAGGCGGCCGGCUUUCGGACGAUGCGGCGGCCAACACGAGCCGCACACAGGCCAUUGUCAAGAAGCUCAUGGGCCGCGGGUUCAUGGUGGACUACGCUCCGGGAGACGUGGGGCAUUUCCUAAGGAUCGUAGUCAAUGCGCAAACCUUGGUUGGGACCGUCGAGGGGUUGACCAAGGCAUUGGACGAGGUUGCAAAAGAAGUAGAAGUCGCUUGA